AUGCCUCUUAUCGCACAGAAGGCGAACAAUCGCAUCAUCCUAGGUCUCAUGACCUUUGGACCCCCUGGAGGAGCCAUCGCCCGCAUCACAGACAUCGCUUCUUUCAAGGACAGCCUUGACCUCUUCCAGUCCAGGGGCUACAGUGAGGUGGACACGGCGCGAGUCUACAUAGGAGGCCAACAGGAGGGAUGGACUGCCCAGACUAGCUGGAAGGAGAGGGGUCUCACUCUGGCCACCAAGGUCAAAUAUCCUGCGGAGCCUGGCGAUAACACGGCGGCCAAGGUCUUAGAGUCGGUAGAGACGAGUUUAAAGGAGCUUGGCACCGACUGUAUCGAUUUGCUCUACCUCCAUCGCCCAGACCGCGGUACUCCCUUCGCUGAGACCCUUGAGGCGAUUGAUAAGUUGCACAAGGCAGGUAAGUUUGUGCGGUUUGGCAUCAGCAACUUUACGGCCUUUGAGGUGGCGGAGGUCAUUGCCAUCUGCAAAUACAAUAAAUGGGUAAGGCCCUCGGUCUACCAGGGCAUGUACAACUGCAUCACCCGAAGCAUUGAGCCAGAGCUAUUGGUUGCCUGCCGCCGCUAUGGACUGGAUGUCGUUGUGUACAACCCUAUUGCUGGUGGGCUCCUCUCCGGCAAGAUUAAGUCGAAGGAUAUGGUGGUCGAAAGCAGCGGCCGCUUCUCCCUGGAUUCUUCAUCAGGCAAGGCAUACCGUGACCGGUAUUACCGGGACAGCACUUUCAAGGCCUUGCAGACGAUCGAGGCCGCGGUGGAGAAGAGCAAUCUAACGAUGGUCGAGACCGCCCUUCGAUGGAUGGUGCACCACUCUAAGCUGAACCUGAAGGAUGGCAAUGACGGUAUCCUCAUCGGAGCCUCGAGCCUUGCCCAGCUAGAGAGCAAUCUGAACGACCUGGAGAAGGGACCGCUACCGGAGGAUGUGGUGACGGCACUGGACGAGGCGUGGUUCUUGUCCAAAGCGGACACAGCCAACUACUGGCACGGAGAUCUCGACUAUACCUACGACGUUCAGGCGUCGCUGAUGACCCCCUUGGCCACUAGCCCCCUGCUAAAUCCCCUGUACUUAUGGGGUCUGAGACCCGCCCGCCCCCUGGACCACUCAACUGGCACCCCUGGAACACCCCGACCAAGAUUCCGACGACAAGUCCAUCUUCUGCAAGACCACGAGCGCUUCUCGACCGAACCUCCCGUUGCGAAAGACGACACCACAUGCACCCGCGAGACCCGAACGAUAGGCAAACCGAGCAAUCCCGGCGGUAACCACUACGACGAGGACGACGAGGAUAGCAGCUGGUUCGAGCUCGACAACAUGGACCCCGAAAGCGCCCGCCGUCCACCCUUCAAUCGUCCGACCGAUGGUAAAUCCGGGACGCCGCUGUUACACAAACAGCAAUCCGACGAAGAGCGUGGCCGCGCCGGCUUCGCGCGUACGAACGAUGAUAAUGGCCCAAGAUCAAGCCACGGGUCCAGCCGCGACGGAAGCCCCUACCACAGUGAGAUGGUCGAGCGGCCCUCCUUCAGUCGGCGCUCAACAAUGCGCAGUCGUAGUCCUCUGACAGCUUCGGAGACAAACACAACCCGCAAGAAGUACACAUACGCCGCUUUCUUCCUCGCCGUCAGCCUCGUCUCGUUCUGCGUGCAAACGGAGCUGAGCGCCUACAUCCAACACGACCUUGGCUGGGACAAGGCGUACUGUAUGAUGUACUUCACCCACGGUUCCUGGGUCGUGCUCUGGCCCAUUCAGCUCGCCAUCCUGCGCAUACAGAAGCGCGAGCUGCCCUGGCCCGUCUUCUGGAAGCGUCACAAGCAGCUGCUGCGCACCACAGCCAUGAUGAUCGAGACGCAGACGCUCGAUGUCUUCCGAAUCUCCGUGCAGCAGCGAGCUCGGCCCGUUCGCUACCUUGUACGCUUCACGGCCAUCAUCACCUGCUCUCUAACCGUUGCGGGGCUGAGCUGGUAUAUCGCCGUCAGUCUGACGACACCCUCGGACCUGACGGCCAUUUACAAUUGUUCCGCCUUCUUUGCCUACGUCUUUUCUGUCCCUCUUCUCAAGGAGCCCCUGCGCCUCGACAAGUCAGUGGCAGUCCUCAUCGCCAUCGCUGGUGUUCUUGUAGUGGCAUAUGGAGAUACCAAAGAGGGGGCUAAGAGUGUUGAGGCCAGCAACCGUUUCUUCGGAAACCUCGUCAUCGGCGUUGGCUCCGUCCUUUAUGGCCUCUAUGAGGUCUUGUACAAGCGCUUCGCGUGCCCGCCCGAGGGAGUCUCCCCUGGUCGCGGCAUGAUUUUCGCCAAUACCUUUGGUUCAUGUAUCGGCCUCUUCACCCUCACCGUCCUCUGGAUUCCUCUGCCCAUCAUCCACUUCCUCGGCAUCGAAAAGUUUGAGCUCCCUGUCGCCUCCACCUGCUGGCUGAUUCUCUGCGCCGUCCUGGCCAACGCCACCUUCAGCGGCUCAUUCCUCGUCCUCAUCUCUCUCACCUCGCCUGUUCUUUCCUCCGUCGCCGCCCUCCUGACCAUCUUCAUUGUCGCCCUCGUCGAUUGGUUCAUCACCGGCGAGCCACUCAGCUUCGCCGCCAUCAUUGGCGGCGCUAUGAUCAUCGUUGCCUUCCUAGGUCUGACCUGGAGCACCUACCGUGAAAUGCAGGAGCACGAGGCCCGUGAGCCUAUCGUGGACCUUUCCGACAGCGAUAAAGACGGCGAUAUCAGCAGUGAUGAGGAUUAA